AAAGUCACUUCUCUUCUCUGGGCCUCAUUUUUUUCAUUUGUAAAAUGGGGAUAAGAUACCUUAUCUUCUCCAUUAGACUAUCUCACUAUUUAGCGCAGUGCACAUAGUAAGUGCUUAAGAAAUACCACCGUUAUUACUACUAUUAUUUUCAUUGUCAUUAUUACUGUUUUCAUUUUUUGGGCUCUCAGUGAAUAUGUGCAGGGGCUACAGCAGAUAGUAGCAUGUUUUUAGGGAUUCUGGACCCUUCCCUUUCUUCCCUGUCCACUCUCCCCUGACCCUGCCCACAUCAUCCUGUCUUUACAUGGGUUUGGGGAAGGAGGGAGGGGCAAAGUUUGGAAAUUAGAUCUGGUCAUCCCCUUCCUCUCCCCAGUUUGGGUUAGCAACAUCUGAGUGUCAGGAGAAACCAUAGGGGGUUUGGGCUUUAUCCCCACCUUCUAGUUCCUGCAUCAAGACCAUUACCCCAUCAUUGCCUCACCCAGUGACACCCUCGCCUCCAGGGCAGAGAGAGAGAAAGAAGCCCUGAACAUCCCUCUUCUAGGAAGGCCCCAGUGAUGAAGACGAUGGAGGAUUUCCCAGAAUCUUUCACAUCCAGAUGCCUCCACCACCUCCUCCUCCUCCAGCUGGUCACACUCGGCUCAGCUCAGUUUGUUGUGAUAGGGCCUGAUGAGCCCAUCCUGGCCUUGGAAGGAGAAGUUGCUGAGUUACCCUGUUACCUCGACCCCAAGAUGCCUGCUGAAUACAUGCAGAUAAGGUGGUUCCGAUCCCAGGUUUCUAACAUUGUCCACCUGUACGAUAAUGGAAAGGAUCAGUUUGGAGACCAGAUGGAGGAGUAUCAAGGGAGAACGGAGUUGGUGAGAGAUGCCAUGGAUUAUGGGAAUAUGGCUGUGAGAAUACACAGUGUCAGAGACUCUGAUGAGGGAAAGUUUCGCUGCUCUUUUUAUGAUGGCCAAGAGUAUGAAGAAGCCCCUCUGGAGGUGCAGGUGGUUGCUCCCCUCUUCCCUACGGCUUUAUCCUUGAUGGUGACCCUGGGUGUGACCCUCCCUGUGCUGGGACUGCUCAUCGCUGGGGGUCUUUAUCUCAUCUGGAAACACCCCAGGGACAAAGGGAAACUCCAGAUGGAGCUCAAGUGGAGCAGGGGCCAGUUGCACAUGGCCAACGUCACUCUCGAUCCCGACACGGCGUAUCGCUAUCUCGUCCUGUCUGAGGAUCGGAAACGGGUGACAGCGGGAGACACACGGCAGGACCUGCCCAACAACCCGGAGAGAUUCACUGGUUCUGACUGUGUGCUGGGCCGCGAGAGCUUCACCUCCGGGAGACAUUGCUGGGAGGUGGAGGUGGGAGAAGCGACUCGCUGGUAUCUGGGGGUUUGUAGGGAAAAUGUGAGGAGAAAAGGGGAGAUCUGGGAGUCACCUGCGAAUGGAUUCUGGGCCGUGAAGAAAGAUCAUGAUGAAUACUCUGCGCUCACCUCUCCUCACGUCCCUCUCCCCCCGACCACCUCCCCCAGCCGGGUGGUGGUUUACCUGGACUACGAGGCCGGAGACGUCUCCUUCUACAGUGGCACCGACGGAUCCCACAUCUACACUUUCCCCCGCGCUGCCUUCUCUGGGACCCUCCGACCUUUCUUCCGCCUUUAUUACACCGAUGAAUCCCUGACCAUCUGCCCUGUGCCUGGUGGGGCUGGGGAAAACCCUGUGCCUGCCCCCGCUCAGGAGACUCCAGUGAGCCCCCCAGGGGAGGGACCAGCCUCAGCCACUGGAGAUGGGGAUCCCCCCCCUGGGGCCGAUGCCCCAUUGCUCGCCCCCCAGCCCGGCCCGGGGGUCCCUCCUGCCCCUUAGGGAGCCUCCCGGCCCCUGCCCUCUGCACCCUGUAGCGCUCCUUCCCCUCCCAGGUAUGCAGCUGCUGUGUCCCCGCCUCCUCCUCUGCUCCCCCAGAGCAGGCCCAGCCUAGGAGGGGUCUCUGCUACUGUUGCUGCUACUGGGGAAGUGUCCCUGCUGAGGGUGGGGCUGGGGGCAGUAAAGCAGCUGCUGCCACUCUGGAACCUCAGUGGGGUUUUACAAGUGCCACUGACCCUUCUGCUCCUUACUCCUCCACCGGACCCCGAACUCGGAGGGCAGAGGGGCAGGUCGCCUCCACCGCACAGUUGUGAUAGACUCCAGAUUCUCCUGGUUUAUGGCAAUUCUUUUUGAACAUUCGUGUGGGAUUGGGUUCUGUUCCUGGCUCAGUGUGGAGCUGGCUAAUGUGGUUACGGGCCUCACCUUGAAUUUACCAGAAUAAUAAUAAUGAUGGCAUUUGUUAAGUGUUUACUAUGUGCCAAGCACUGUUUUAAGUGCAGGGGUAGG